AGGCAGGCUGAGCUGGGCUUCUCCUGGUCUCGGCUGUGAGAAGUCAGUCCCCACCCUCCUCCCUCUUGGGACCUGUAUUUUCUACCUGCGCUGGGCAGUGGAUGUUCUAGCCUUUGCCCAGUUUCCUCACCAGGAGAGGGCACUGCCAGUCCCCUGAUGCUGGGACUACUCUCCUGCUGCCUGCCGAACCUCACCCCUCCUGGGAGCAUUGGGUUGGCCCACAUGGCUGGGCCCUGAGUCAGCCUCGCCAAUGGGGUGGGGAGGGGACCCAGGAAACACCCCUCCUCCUCCCUGCCUAGAGAUUGGCUCAGCGUCCCCCAUCACUGCCCCCUGGAGCCAGAGGCAUCCGUGCCCAGGGGACAGGUCUGGGGUAUAGCUACCCCAGCUGCUGCUCCUGGCAUGUCAUGGGGAAGAGGCAAAUGGGACAAGAGGGCCUGGGGCUGAUAGCGCCAGCAGGAAGGAAUGCCCCUGGGGCCCAGGGCAACGUCACGCCCCGCCCCCUCCCUGUCACGGGGGUGCGGCCGGACCUCUCCCCAGCCUCCUCCUCCUGCCCAGCCUGGCAUCAUUAACGUCCACACACCCAGCUCUCCUUGCAACCCAGACAGACCUCGGGACCACAGGGAAGGCCAUGGAGACUUCAGGACCUUCCUCCCAGACUCAAGACCACAGCCAACUCCCCAGAGAAACAGAAGACCUAGACUAGAGACAGAUCUCCACAAGCAAGAUGGGGAGACCGGACUCUUUUCUCAAGAACAACAUGAGAGAAACAACUCUUCCUCCUCCUCCUCCUCCUCGCCAUCCACCUCUGUGUCCGGGAGCAGUGAUGAGGACCAGCACCCCAGAGCAACCAGAAGACGACGCCAGCGCCGGGGGGCUGGACAUCCCACCAGGGACAGCUCACCCGGUGCUGAGCAUGGGGAACCUGAUGUUUUGAAGGAUGAGCUUCAACUCUAUGGAGGUGACCCUGGAGAGCUGGUGCCCUCUGAGGAAUCAGAACUCCGGAGGAGAGGCUCUGACACAAGUGGAGAAGUGGCAACCUCUGAGUUAAGAAGGCUGAACAUAAAGAAAGAUGAUGAGUUUUUCCAUUUCAUCCUCCUCUGCUUUGCCAUUGGAGCCUUGCUGGUGUGUUACCACUACUGCACAGACUGGUUCAUGUCACUUGGGGUUGGCCUGCUUACCUUCGCCUCCCUGGAAACCGUUGGCAUCUACUUUGGGCUAGUGUACCGGAUCCACAGCGUCCUGCAGGGCUUCAUCCCCCUCUUUCAGAAGUUUAGGCUCAUAGGGUUCAGGAAGACCGACUGAGGCCAGUGCCGGGUGGCCAGCCAGGCCAGGGCCCCUGUAGGACCACCACUGAACCCUCUGAGCAUGUAAGGACAGAGCCACGUUCCAGGAGACAAACGGGCUGGCAUGGCCAGAGCAGUAAAGAGAGCCCCUUUUCCUUUUAUGUGGUCUGAAUGUUGGCAGCAGCCCAGGCUGAGGCAUCCUUCUGGCAGCAUUGGCCCGCAGUCCAGCCACCAGGAUGGAAGGCAGAGAGAGGGUGCUGGGCCUGUGCCCUGCAUGGUCCCUGGCUCAGCAGGAGGCUCUGGGAGGCCACUGCUCUCAGGAGAUAGUAGGACAUCCUCAGUCCCCAUCAACUGUCUGGGCUCCCAGUUUCUCUCAAAUCCCCAGGCCAUCCCAGUGGACUGUCAGGUCCUACAGAGCCAUCCUGGGGCAGGCAGCCAGCCCACUGUCCAGAGGCAGGGAGCCGUCAUGCCAGGCCCCAGGGUGAACCUGAUGCAGGUGAGAUGUUGGGAGCUAAAGCCACAGCAUCCGGGCACCUUCCCAUCACCUACCACCAGCCCUGCCCUUGCACUCCAUCAACAUGCCAAUAAACAGUCUCUUUC